ACACGGAUGUGGCGUCGUGACGUCAUUUCCACGCGGAAGUGCGCGUCUACUCAGUCCGAUGACUAAACUCGAAACAAAAUUUGGAAGAACGUGAUUGUCAACAUUUGAAUUCUUUCAUCGUCAUUUUCAGACAAUAAGUGUGUUUCUGAACAAGUGAAUAUGGUUUCCACUGAUUCCAAAGCGCUGAUCCAAAGAUUUUACCAGCUGCAGUCAGAGCGUCUGGAGGCCUAUCGACUCUUUGAGGAAGGCCACGAGGCCUACCUGAAGACGGGCCCCCGCUACGACUUUGAGCACUACAAGCAGCUGGUGCACCAGAUCACGCUGGCCUUCAGCGGCAUCUCCAAGGAGGUUCUGGACAUCAAGGACGAGUUGCGGCUCCGCCUGGACCGGCCCGACCUGUCGGAACACGUCGACAAGCUGCAGUGCCGAGAGAAGCGCAAGCUCCAGCUGACAGCUCAACUGCAGCUGGCCCGACAGCGGGCGCAGGACCACCCGGAAGACGAGACGAGUCUCGAGACCGUCCGGCGGCUCAAACAGGAGAUCGUCAAGACCCAGGAGGCGCUCAGCGAGAUCAUGCAGGACUUCAAGUACGACUCCGAGGAGAGCCACUGACGGGCGGAGACCUCCUUUGGGCCGAUGGGCACAAAGGCGGAGCCUGGUCGGGUGUUUGCGCUUGAUGUCUGUGAGUCUGCGUGAGUGCUGAGCGUGAGCUGCGGUCGACAGCAGUAGUACAAGUGUGGCGUCAUCGUCACCUUUGAAGCAGGGGAUCGCUGAACACAAA